CCAGUAUAUUUUGUAUUUUUGAAAGGAUCUGCUCCGAAUAUAAGAGUCUAACUUCGUGGAUAACUCUUGUGCCUGGUAAAAAACCAAACAAGCAAUCACAAAAUGAAACAAAAAGAAUGUGGACGUUGCUUUGAGUGAUGUUGAAGCUGCACUCAUCAAGUUAAAUGGAGUCUUUCACCAUAUCCUGAAUUGUCCCUUGUGGAUGGUUGACAGGAGACAAGAGGGCUGCAAAAUGAAGACCAGACACUUGAAAGCUGAAAAUGCUAAUCAACAAAGAAAAAUAUCAAAGAAAAUGUGGGAGUGGGAGCUCCUCAGAGGGUCGGUGAAGACUCAAUGGACUAAAUGGUCUCUUUCUGCAAGGUAGUCUCUUAUGUUCGGAGAUGACUUGCUUCCAUUCCAGUUCGAUGGGAUCUGAGAUGGCUGAUAAAUCCAAUGCGUGAUCUGCUGACUCUGGCUAUGUACCUGUGAGUCAGGUGUAGCUUGGAGGGUCAGUUAGAUGGAGUGGUUUGGAGUUAUUUUUACAUUUAAUCCACUGCUUUGACAUCACCUCUGCAUGUUUCCUGACAGAGUUGUUCUGGGUUUGGAGCCUUCUCGAAUAAACUUUAUCCCAUAGUUGAUGGAAGUUUUGAUCUCUUCCGAGGUGCUUUUAAGGACAACUCUGACUCAUAGAUAGGAGUCCAGAGAUGACUGCUGCUUAGCGAAGGUAACCUUAAUCUUGGGUUUGAGACUUGGUACUUGGGUCUUUUCAUACUCAGUCACCCAAUGACUGAGCUGGUAUGUUGACAGCAUUAAUGGAUUUCCACAGCAAUGUUUGCUUUUGUCAAGAAGGGGAUCGUAACAUCUGGAGAAUCCAACUUGAACUUAAUUGAUGGGAAAAGGCAUGCAUGAAUGCCUUUUGGAACAGAACCUUUAUUUCCUGGGUGUUGUUAGUGAAAGACCCUUUUCUUUCUCGUUUUCUGGUGACUGAAGUUCGAGUGAAUUUGUUUUAAAAUUGAAGGCAAUGUAAGUUAAACAGCCAGAUCUUGGGGGAAUUAAUGGAAUGAGCGAGCAGGAUCAUCAUCAAGCUUGAAAAAGACUGCUCAAUAUUUUUGAUUAUCUUCACCUGGUAUCACUGUCAUCGAUCAUCCAGUUGACUUUGGCAUUGCACUCUCUCUGAAGAUUUUCCUUGCCUCCUCCAUGAGUUGUGAAGCUGUUGAGAACAUUCAAGGGGUGGUAUUUCAUCACAACUUUCCUUUUCAACUUAUUGAAUCUGUAGCUGCAUUAAGACCUUAAAGGACUUCAGAAUGGCCUUUCUGCCUCCUCCUGCUGUAAAGUGGAAAAGCUGCCGAAGAUGGGGCUCCAAAAUUAAUCAGAGGAUUGCAGAGUUGGAUUUGUGAAGUUACCAAGGCAAAAGGCCAAUGGAGUCUCCGGGCAGUUUUGAUCAGCUGACAAACUGCCUGAAGCCAGUGGAGCUUUUAAAUGGCAUGUGUUCUAAUGGAGAAACUGGAAUCCACAGCCAAGCAAGAGAGCAUUGCAGCUCAAAGAGACAGAGACGAAGGGCUCAAAAUUUUACUGACAAUGAUCUACAAACCCUUCUGGAUGAAAUGCAGCCAAGGAGGGACAGAUUGCUUGGUGUGCAUGGCAGGAAACCUCAAAAGCCUAUUUCACGUGCUAUGUGGAGGGAAGUGGCAAUGGCACUGAAUGCCACCUCGCUCACCUCUAGGACUGCAGACCAAUGCCGGAAAAAGUUCAAUGAUCUGACAAGAGCAGGCAAGGAGAAACUCAUGCACAAUGCCCGCGAGAGGCAGGAGUGCAGAGGGGGCAUUCCCAACAUUAAGGAGCUCACCCCCUAUGAAGAACAGGCCGUGGAACUGCUGGGUAGGCAAUGUGGUCUUGCUGUAGUGGCAGAUGGAGAAAUUGGUGUAACGGUGCAGACUCCAGAGCCAUCACAGCAGUGGGGGCCAGAGGAGGAGGAGGAUGAUGAUGAUGAUGAUGAAGAGGAGGAGGAGAAACUAUGCUACCUCAUUAAUUAUGAAGAUGAGGAGGACGAUGACGAGAGCAAGCCAGAUCGUGAGUCCCUGAAGCUUGAUACAGCUCCAUUUUCCACUGCCCCUAUCCCAUCAAUUUCACCCCCUGCAUCCCUGGCCUUCUCAGUCCCACGGUCCAGCUCUGAUAUGGUCACUAGGGCACGGUUGGACAGUGUUAACGAGGAAGUAGCACUGAGUGAUUCCCAAGGCAUCAGGGAAUCGGAUGAGUGGGGAAUGGGUGAGGACAUGCCACUUCCCCAGAGGAGGCCAAGGAGAAGGAUGCCCCUGACCCCAGAUCCCUGGGGUUCUGAUUUCAUGGGUACUCGCUCGAAGAGAAGGAUGUUCAAUGAGCAUCAUACUUACGUGCAGGCUCUGCGCUCAGUCUUUGAAGAUGUGCAGCAUCUGACAGCUGUGACUUUGGAGUCUACAGCCCUCAUUUGCAACAGCAUUAAAGAAGCUUUCACUUCACUGCAGUCAUCAAUGGAACACGUGGCAGCUUCAUUAGAGUCUGCAGCACAUCCCGACUUCAGAAAUGCACAGGAAUCAGUCUGUGCCCCCACACCCACAGAAGUGCAAAAUGCUGCAUUGGCAGUAAUUGGGGAGAAAAUAGACAGCACUCUACGUGUUGGUUUUCAGAGUCUUGGGGCUGGGAUCCAAGCUGCUGUGACUCACGGCUUUCAGGAUCUAAUAGCUGCCAUUAAACCACCUAUUCCAGUGGUUAAUGGGAAUGCAAAUACAGGGCUUAGUGCAAUGCCAAUGUCUGACAGUAACCUGCCAGAAGCAGCUAGUUCUCAGGACAGCCACACAUGGCAGACCUCUAACCCACCCUCCCACAGAAUCAAGCCAGCAGAAUUCAAGAAGCGAUACCAGACUGUCCAUACAGAAGCUCACAAGAUGCAGCCAGUGGUGGCUCCCUGCCAGGAAGAAGCUGCCCUUGGAGGUGGACCACCUCAGUCCCAUGAGCCUUUUGUAGCACAGGAACUGCCAAUGCCCUCGUGUGAUACUCAGGUGGCACCAAGGAGAAACAGUCGAAUAGGAGACAGAAAGACCCGUUUAGGUACUCCAGGAAAACCCUACAUAAAAAGGAAGUAGGAUGACAUAGUUAUUGUAUGGAUUGCUUGUAAUAAAAGAGAAUGUAUAUUUACUUUGAGCUGAGGUAUUCAAAUCCGAUAAGAGUGGAGCAAACAAUGAUGUGAUGAUCAAGGAUGGGUACCAGGUGAAGGAUUUAUCACUUGUCUGAAGAUGGAGAGAUUGUUUGGAGGUGUUCUUGAAGUUGUGGUAAUGAUGCUAUCCUCUGAGACAAGAAGCGCCCAGUUUGUAUGGUCUUUAAGGAGUCCUUGUAGCAAAGGUCAGCCUUAUUCUCUCCUCCAUAAUGCUCUGCCUCCAGAACAACUAAGCCCAGCUUCCCAGGUAAAUAGCUAUUGAGUCUAUAGUUUUAGAUUGCUGUUGUGCAGGCCACAACGAGUAUUAGGAAUGUGGAGCAUAUGAACUGGAGUACGUGGGACCUGGUACUCUGAAACCCGGUGGCCCUCUCAGUGACCAUUCUGGUAAAAGUGCAGACCUUGGUGUAUUGCUUCUCAGUAUUCCCAGACCUCUUAAUGAGGUCAUUAACCAUAGCAGCAAGGGUUAGACAGUGUCCCUCAAAGCUGUUAUUGACAUUAUUGUUUAACAACAGUGGCAAUGAAUUACUACAUCAUGGCAACUACAUGCACAUCUCCCAUGGAGAAUUCUUUUGCAUGCUGUUGCACUCCAUCUUGGCAUUCAGGGCGUGAAAACGCUCAGGAUUUCUCACUGGCAGAGAAGGUUAAUGCUAACCAUGGGAGCUCGCAAAGCCAAGUUGAUGCCAAAUUAAGUGAUAUUACAAUGAUCCUCUGCAAUUGCCAAAAGUGACUGAGUUGAGACAACUCAAAAGUUAUCAUUUUCUCAGUUACAGACAACUGCCUGGGCCAGUUAUCUUGGCUGUAGGCCUUCUUUUAAUACCAUUCGUAAUUCUUCGACUGUCUGCUUUUUGAAGAGCACUCAUUUCACUGUAUUCCUUGCUUACAUCUGAAUAAACCCGUGUAGACUGUAAGUUAUUUAAGGAGAGGGUAAUUUAUCGCUCAGAAGUUGCCUCAGUUGUCUUCCUCCAUCAUCUCCUGCUCCUAACCCGUCAUUAUGAUGGAAAACAAUGGAAUUAUGGGUAUCCUUGGGAUCUCUCUGCCCCUCAGGCCAUUAGAAACAAAUGCAGUAUCUGUGGAGAAAAGAUGCAGAUCAAUAUAUCAUCCCGACAAAUCUUUCCAGCUCCAGAAAUCUGACAAAUCUCCUAUCCCUCUUCAGCCUCAAAACUCCCCCAGUCUCAGCUGAUCUUCGGAGUGUACAAAGUUUCAGAAUUUGGUUCUGUGUAAGUCUCAGUAUGUUGGAAGCACCAGUUACUGAAAUUAUUCCAGUCUGCAGGCCUCAUACAAAUAGAAUUCAAUGAACUUCGUUGGGUUUUAGUGGUAGAAUGUGGGAGGGCCAAUAUGUGAUCAGGAAAUUGGCUUAAUUCAUUUUGAGAUCAAAGAGAGACAGAAUUGGCUUCAGCUUUUAUGUGAAUAAUGGUACAUCCAAUUGUUCUGAUCUUGUAGCUCAGAAAUAAAUUCUCAAAAAUAUAAUAAGGCCACAUUUGCAGCCCUGCUUACAUUUCUGGUCGCACUGCUAUAGGAAGGAUAGAAAGGGUGCAAAGAUCAUUUACAAGGGCGUUACCAAGACUGGAAGGCUUGAUAUAACAAAGACAGAUAAUAAGAAAAGCUGGGACUUUUUUUCCCCUUAGAGCAUUGGAUGCUAAGGGUAACCUUAUAGAGGUUUGCAAAGUCAUGAGAGGCAUUGAUAAGGGAAAAGCUAAAGUCUUUUAUCUGGGGUAGGGGACAGCAAAACUAAAGGGCAUAAAUUCAAGGUGAGAGGAGUAAAGUUUAAAAGGGACCCGAGCGGCAACUUUUUCAUGCAGAAGAUGGUGCGUGUAUGGAACGAGCUAGUAGAGUUACAACAUUUAAAAGACAUUUGGACAGAUACAUGGGCAGGAAAGGUUUAGUGCAUAUGGGCCAAAUGCAGGCAAAUAAGAUUAGUUUAGAAAACCUGGCUAACAUGGACUAGUUGGGCCAAAGGGUCUGUUUCCAUUGCUGUACAAAUCUAUGACUCUAUUUCAAGGCCUUUAAGGUUUUUGAGCUUCCAUUUAGUCCAUGUCUUUACCAGUUCAAACUUUCAUUUUUCUAAUGCUACUUUAAUUUGUCUCUUUGAUCCCAUCUUCUGUAAAUUACAGCACAUUCAGAGUGCUCUUUUGCACUUCUGAUCCACAUUCGUUCCCACACUCUCAUCACACCAUCCUUUUCAAGCCUCUGUUUGUCUCAGGAGAACAGUUACAGGAUUAAUAUUGACAUUUCUAAGCCCGUUGUGAAUCCACUCUGCCUGCCCUGAUCUCUUAGCCAUACAUUCAUGAUUUGUGCACUCUAUCUGUCAUCGACCACUGUUCUAGUUGGUACAUCUUCAUUCUUAUCAUUUUUGACCCCAGCUUUGCAAAUUAUUUCCCAAUAAAGUUGUGGAUGUUUUAGGAAGGCCAAAUAUAUCGAUUCCCAGUAGACAGGCCAUGUUUCAUGUUCCUUUAGGUUGCCAUUUUUACAGUUUUUGAAGUGUGGUAGAAGGAUUUCACUGAACUGUCAAAGCCCAGGAAUUGUCACACCAAUUCAAGACGGGCUAUAAUUUAGCCACUCUGCCUCCUACUGUUUGGAGUUAGUUACAGUGUCCCAAUGUAUGGACAAUCUUCUUUGGUAAAUGUUUACUUAUCUUAAUAUAUCUGCUGUUCUUUUUCCAACUUAAUUGACUGGUUUGAUCUCUUAAUUGGUUUAAUCUCAACUACAUUGCUCCUUUGACGUAAUUAAAUCUUACCAACUGCUUUGGAAAUAUUACUGUGAGUUAUAUUGCAACUUGACUGUCCAGUAUAGUACUGAAACAGUAUUGCAUUGGAAGAGAUAUUAUUCUUCAGCUGAGACUUUAUACUGGGGCGCAAUGAGUCUUUUCAGAUGGAUGAAAUAGAUCCCAUGGCAUUAUUUGAGGGACAGCGAAAGGUUUAUACUGAGUGUUCAUCCCUCAAUCACUGUCACAAAACAGAUUACUUAAUCAUUGUCACAAACUUGUUCUUGGACAUAUUUGAUGAGGACAAAUUGGCAGGUGUGUUUCCUACAUUACAACAGUAGAUAUAUUUUGUAACUACUUCAUUGACAACAAAACAUUUUGGGGCAUCCAUUGCUAGUAAAAAAAAACUAUAUAAAUACAAGUCUUAUUUUCUUCGGGACUGCCUUUAAAUGUACUUCGUACCUUCUUGGCGUAGUCAAAAAAUGAACGUCACAUGCCCAUUUCUCUAUCACGAAACCGUCUAUCUCCAGUCCCAUAAAAUUGCCUACCAUUGAACAUACUGUAACAAACCCGUUACUGAAAUUCUAAUCCAUACUUCUUUUCGCUUUAGAAUCAACUGCUCCAAUGUUCUAAGUAAAAGUGAAUACUGGAGUGUUCUCCUGAGCACUUUCUAAUCUACACCCGUUGUAAACAUCAUUUCAUCUGAAACUCUGACCAUAUCCAAGUGUCUAUCAAGGCCUGUUCAGUUGUCAUCUUCUCAGGGCCAUUAGGAUGGGAAGUAAGUUUUAGCCUGGCCAGUAACCCUCACGUCCCAAAACCACAAAAAGUAAAAUUGCCGUUAUUCUUGAUCUUGCAUUUGCUUCGCAGUCCCUAUUACACAAAUUUAAAAUUCUCAUCCCUCACCUUAAAUCUCAAACGUGGUCUUGCAUUCUCUAAAUGUAACUUGCAUUCUAACUGUAGUCUCUGAUAGCCUUGUAACCUGUGUACACGUACCUAAGCUCCUCACCAUUGUACUUCCAUCCCAUUAUUAGAUGUUGUGUCAUUAUCCAUUCAGGCCUGGAAUAUAGUAAUUAGGAGCAGAAGUAGACCAUUCAGGCUCCUGACCCAGCGCUGUCAUUGAAUAAGAUCAUGGCUGAUCCAUCCAAAUAACUUUGAUUCCCUUGUUUAGCAAGAAUCUAUGCACCUCCGCCUUAAAAAUAUUCAAUGAUCCACCUGCAUGGCUUUCUUUGCAAAUUUGCACAACCAUCUAAGAGAAAGAAUGACCCGUAUUUUUAAAACUGUCCCUAGUUGUGGGCUCAUCCAUCAAUGAAAACAGUCAUUCCAUGUCUACUUUGCCAAGACCAUUUAGGAUCAUACACACUUCGAUCAAACCACCUCUUGCUCUUCUGAAUUCUAGUGAAACAAAAUAAUCAGAAACAAAAACAGAAAUUGUUGGAAAACCUCUGCAGGUUUGGCAACAUUUGUGGAGAGUUAAUGUUUUGGGUCCAAUGAGUCUUCAGAAAGUUUUAAUGAGGAUUGAACCCACUUUGUUGGUGUUACUCAUCUCUGCCUUGUGAAAGAGCAGCCUGUGGUCCUUUGGAAUUGUGACAACUUUACAUUUAAUUGUAGUGCAGCAGUAGACACUUAUUUUACACACUGUGUAAUUGUUUCCUUUUGCUAGUCUGAAUCACUGAAAAGACAUUGUGACUACAGUGCCCAUUGUACCCUAUAAGUUCUGCUGCACAGUCAGUGUGGUACUCCCCAUUCCCACUCCCAGGGUCAGUGUAAUAUUCCCUAUUCCUGUACCCAGGAGUAAUAUAGCAUGCAAACAGGUUCUUUGGCCGAAACUGGUCCAUACUCACCAUGGUGCCCACUCACCUAGUUUCAAUUGCCCACAUUUGGUUGAUAUAUUUCCAAACCCUUCUCAUCCAUGUACCUAUCCAAAUGUUUUUUAGUGUUGCUAUUGUAUCUGCCUCAACCACUUCCUCUGGUAGUCCAUUCCAUAUACACACCUCUCUGUACAUGAAGAAGUUGCCCCUCAGGUCCUUCUUAAAUCUUUGCCCUCUCAUCUUAAAUCUGUGCGCUCUAGUUUUCAAUUCUCCAUCCCUGAGAAAAAGACUAUAUGCAUUAAUCCUUUCAAUGCCCCUCAUUCACCUACGUUCCAAAGAAUUAAAUCCUAUCCUAGCCCACCUCCCCCUCUAACUCAAGCCUACUAGUCCUGGCACCAUCCUCAUAACUUUUUUGCACAUUUUCUAGUUUAACUAAGUUUGUCCUAUAAUAAGGGUAACCAAAACUAUGCAUAAAAUACAACUGUAACAAAACAUCCCAACCCCAAACUCCAUGCCUUGACCGAUGAAAGCCAGAAUGCAAACUGCCACCUUCACCACCCUGUCCAUUUUUGUUGCCACUUUCAACGAACUGUUCACUUGUACACGUAGGUCCCUCUGUUCCGCAACACUCCUCAGGACCUUACCAUUUACUGUAUAAGCCCUCUUUUGGUUUGACUUUCCAAAGUGCAACACAUCACACUUGUAUGUACUGAUUUGGAGUUGCCAGUCCUCAGCCCACUUACCCAUUUGAUCAAGAUUCCUCUGUAAUUUUUAAUAAUCUACCUUGCUAUCAACAAUACCUUCUAAUUUUCUCAAACUUACUAAUCAUCUCUUGUACAUUCACACCCAGCUCAGUUAUAUAAAUAACAAACGUCCUGGCACAGGAGUCCCAGGCUUCCAAUCCAAGAAACAACCUUCUACCAUCACCCUCUGCUUCCUACCAUCGAGCCAAAUUUGAAUCCAAUUAGCUAGCUCUCCCUGGAUCCCACGCAACCCAGCUUUCAUGACAAGCCUGCCGUAUGGGACCUUGUCAGAUGCCUCAGUGAAGUCCAUAUAGACAGCGUCUACUGCCCUACCCUCAUUUAUCCUCUUGGUUACCUCUCCAAAAAACUCUUCGAAGAUUUGUCAGACAUGACGUGCACAUAUCCAUGCUAAUUAUCCCUAAUCAGACCUUGACUAUCCAAAUGUUGGUUGAUCCUGUCCCUCAGUUUCCUCUCCAAUAACUUGCAUAUCACUUAUGUCAGGCUCACUGGCCUGUAGUUCCCUGACUUAUCUUUGCUACCUUUCUUAAACAAUGGAACAAUAUUAGCCAACCUCCGGUCUUCCAGACCUUCGCUACUUCCAUACCUUCAGGCUAAAGAUGAUACAAAAAUCUCUGCAAGGGUCUCUGCAGUUUCUUCCCUAGCCUCCCAUGUGCAAUAUAAGGCUGGCAACACCUACUGCCUGGUAAUGUGUAUGUGGUCCAAAACAUCCCCACUUGUUUCCCUUGUUUCCUUAGCAUCCCUCCCGGGUAACACUAGAAAAUUUCCCCAUAAAGAUAUUAGACCCCCUCUAAAUCAAGUGCAACCCAUCCCUCUUGUACAUGUCAUCCCUACCCCAGAAGAAAUCCCAGUGAUCCAAGAACCGAAAACCCUGCCUUCUACUCCAGCUCCUCAAUCACACAUUCAUCUGACCUAUCAUUCUAUUUCUACCCUCACUGGCACGUCGCACAGGGAGUAAUUGUGAGAUCACCACCCUUGAAGUCCUGCUUUUUAACUUCUUACCUAACUCCCUAUACUCAUUUUGCAGGACUCCAUCCCUUUGUCUAUCUAUAUCAUUUGUGAACAUUGAGGAGAAAUAUUCAUUAAAACAUCUCCCCCGUCUCCUGUGGCUGCACACAUAGACAGUCGUGCAGAUCUUUAAGAGGACCUAUUCUCUCCCUAGCCGCCCCUUUACUCCUAAUAUAGCCAUAGAACCUCUUGGUAUUAUCUUUAACCUUAUCUUUCAGAUCCGUCUCAAACUCCUUUUCUGCUCCUCUGAUUUCUCUCUUAAGUGAGCUCCUACACCUUUCAUAGUCAUCUAGGGAUUCACUUGAGCCUGAUAGCUUAAAUCCAAUGUAUGCCCUCUUCUUUUUCCUGACCAGAGCCUCAAUAUCCCUAAAUCUGCCAGCUUUUCCCUUCACCCUAACAGGACAUACUGUUCCUAGACUCUUGUAACCACACUUAUAAAAGCCUCUCAUUGGCCAGUUAUUCCUUUUCCUUCAAACAGACUCACCCAAUGAAUCUCUACUUGAUCUUGCAAAAUGGACCCAAAAUUGGCCCGCUCCAGGUUUAGCAUCUUAGGGUGUGGGCCUGUCCUAUUUUUUUCCAUAACUAUGUUAAAACUAAGAAAAUUAUUUAUGGUCACUGGAUCCAAAGUGUUCUCUGGUUGAUACUUCUGUCACUAGCGAGUUUUGAGAAGAUUGGCCACUUCAGUCACUUGCCGGACCUCAUUUUCAAAGAGGAGGUCCAGUGUUGUACCCUCCUGAGUAGGACCCUCUGCAUAUUGAUUUAGGAAACUUUCUUGGACACAUUUGACAAAUUCCACCCAGUCCAGGCCUUUUACACUCAGGGUGACCCAGCCAAUGCAGGGGAAAUUAAAAUCUCCAACCAGUAUCGCUGUUAUUCCUACAGGUACCUGCAAUCAGUGUGCACAUCUGCUCCUCUAGUAUCUGCUAGCUAUUUGGGGGCCUAUAAUACAGUCCCAGCAGAGUGACCAUCCCCUCUAUGUUUAUAAGUUUUAACUUUAUGGCAUCAUUUGAUGACUCCUUAAGCAUAUCCUCUCUAAGCUCUGUUGUUAUGUCUUCCCUUAUCAAAGGGCAGCCCCCCCCCUCCCCACUCGCUUGUACUUCUGUCAUGCCUGUAGUUUCGGUAUCCUGGAACAAUGAGCUGUCAGUCCAGGCCUUCUUUCGGCCCUGUUUUUGUUAUGGCUAUAAUAUCCCAGUCCCCAGAGCCAAUCUAUGCUGUGAGUUCAUCUGCCUUAGCAGUCAGGCCAUGUGCUUUGAAAUCAAAGCACUUUAAACCAGAAGUCUUUUCCCUUCCUUUACUGGGCCCCUGACUAUCCUGAAUAGUAAACUUGUUCUUGAUGGCUAAUAUAUUUUUCCCUGACUUCUCGAUGACCCCUCUCUUAUUCAGAAC